AUGGCAAUUGCAGGUUACUCGGCCUCUCUGGUGCUGCUGUUGUCCUUUGCUUUUGGCGUUACAGAUGCCAUUCGAACUUUAAAAGAUGGUCCCAUGAUUGAUGCUGAAGGAAGGGAAUUUAAAUCUGCUAGAGUGAGAACCCAAGCAGAAAACACCAGCAGACCACUGCCCGGUGAUGGCCCCACUGUUCGGUUACAAUGCACAGAAGUGUCCAUGAUCGUUGUGGUAAAUGCUGACCUGUAUAAAAACGGACAUCCCGUGUCUCCUGAAGACCUUUUUUUGGGAGAAGCUGAGCAUUCAGAGAGCAGUCAGUGUCGAGCUGUUGCGGUUAGUGACACAGAAUACGUCAUUGAAGCUGGGCUGCAAGAGUGUGGCUCCAAAUUAACUAUAUCUGAGGACUCUGUGACCUACUCAAACAAGUUGAUGUUCUCACCAGCUGCCAGUUACCAUGGCAUCACAAGGAUGAGCCAUGCUGUUGUCCCUGUUUCCUGUAUCUAUAAAAGAACACACUUUGUGAGCAGCAACACUCAGCAGCAGCCACUGACCAUCUCCACUUCUGCACAGUAUUCAACAGGGCACCCUGCUUUCUCCUUGAAGCUUAUGACCGAUGAUUGGAAAAGUGAGAUGUUCUCCAGUGUCUUCUACCUUGGAGAUCUCCUGCACCUCGAGGCCUCUUACACUGGUCCCGAUGCAGGACAAAGACGACUCUUUAUCGACAGCUGUGUUGCCACUCUGACACCUGACGCAACAUCAGUCCCCAGAUACUACUUCAUUGAAAACCAUGGGUGUGUCUCUGAUGCAAAAGUGGGAGGAUCAAACACGCUGUUCAAACCCAGAACGAGGGCUGACUCGCUUCAGCUGCAGCUUGAUGCCUUCCUGUUCCACCGUGAUCCACGGAAUUCAAUAUAUAUCACCUGCCAAAUGAAGGCUACUUCUGAAAUGUGGAAGAGCAGCACUGUGAACAAAGUCUGCAAUUACACACAUUCAAGAUGGAAAAACCUGGAUGGACAUGUUGGGGUGUGUCAGUGUUGUGACACUAUCUGUCGCCAUAGAUCAGUCAAAGAUAUGAUGGUUUGUGGCACUGUGACUCUCGGCCCUUUGAUGAUUUUCCCCAGCAAGUAAGCAAAGAACGACUAUCUGGACAAUAAACAGCAAACUUUCAGUGCCUUAUUUCACUUGGCAUGCUAACAUUAAAGUUAUUUA